AUGGCAAACAUUCCAUCCCCACCCUCCUACGUCCUCGUCACUGGCGCAAAUGGUUUCUUGGGCGCAGCCCUCAUCCAGUCUUUACUGGACAAGAAGCUGCGUGUCCGAGGCACCGUUCGCUCUCAGCAGCGUGUAGACGAGCUAAAGACCGCUUUUGCAGAGUACGACGGGACGCGUCUCGACUACGCCAUCGUUCCCGAUAUUACCGCCUCAGGCGCAUACGAUGAGGCUGUGCAAGGUGGCAUCGACGGCAUCAUCCACACCACCUCUCCGCUUGUGCCGCACUUCGCAGAGGGCAUCGCUGCGACUGGUGAGUGGAUGGACCGAUCAUGCGCCAGAGCAUAACAUCCGGCUCAUGGGUAUUGUGCUUGCGUAGGCAAUGCCAAAAGUGGCUUGGAUUCUGCCAUCGAGGCUGCCAGAGGUAUCGUAUCCAGUGCAGUCAAGAAUGGCACAGUCAAACAUGUGAGCACGAGCGAACGACCGGCGCAAGCGGAAAGCGAGCAUUGCAGCUCACAUCGCGCCGUCGCGCCUCAAUUCUCAAAGCUCGUCUUGACGUCUUCGGCGGCCGCUCUCACCACGUCCUGGGUCGAUGAGCGCAACACUACUCUCGGCGCUUCAGACUAUGGCAAGGCGACCUACGAGGAGAUUGCAGCGUCUGACAAUGCCAUGCUCGCCUACACCGCCUCCAAGGCGCUCGCGGAAAAGGCUGCAUGGGCGACGCUCAAGGCAGCUGGCAACCCCUUCCGCUUGACGACCAUCUUACCUGGUGCAACCAUCGGAAGCGCACGUGUCGGGCCUCCCUCGGUCAGCACCCCUGGGAUCGCGUUUCACUUUGCCACCUCAAAGUCUACCGCUGAUCCCGUCACCAAAGUGCCGGCUGCCUGGCUGUCCUGGGUCACCCUGCCGGAGAUCGUCGAAGCGCAUAUUGCAGCCCUCUUGACGCCCUCGAGCGCUGGCAAGCGAUAUGUGAUGGCAGGAAGAAAUGUCACGAAUUCGGAACUUCGCGACAUCCUUCUCAAAAGCGUUCCAGGCGCCAAAUCAGAGAAUACAGUCGAGGAGACUUUCAGCGAGAGCACCGUCAAGUGGGAUCAACAGCUCGCGCUGGACGAACUCCUUCGCAAACCCCAUUAUGAUGAUAUUGCUCCAAUCACAGCGUCUGUCUUCAAGGCGAUAGCUACUGCUCAAACUGCCGCUUGA